UGAUUUUUGAAGUGGAGUAGAAGUCCAUAAACCAUCGGCUGUCGCCACUGGACGGGAUGGGGAACGGGUCGGUAAAGUCGAAACGGCUGAAGCAGCCCGACGGGACUGUGGUGAGCCUCUCCAUCGGUGGCGCCGGAGGUGGCAAGGCCAAAAACGCGGCGGACCUCCUGAGGGCGAAGGUGGCCGAGCUGGAGAGGGAGAACAAGAAGAAGGACGAAGACCUCCGCGAGAGAGACCUCCAGAUCAAGGGGCUCCAGGAGCAGCUGGCCCGGCAGACCAAGGCAAUCGCCGAGCUCACGGAGGACCUGCAGUGCAAGUGCGUCCAGCUGAACAAGCUCCAGGACGUGAUCAAGACCCAGGGCGGGGGCGCUCUCCACCCCUCCCCGCUCAAGGCCAAGUUCAACCAGCACGUCAGCGGCCUGCUCAGAGACACCCUCAACAAGAGGAAGGGGGCCAAAGCCGGGGUGUCCGCCGAGCCCACGUCCAGGACCUAUGACUCCAGCAGCCUGCCCAAGUUCUGCUUCGAGAGGGCCCGGGUGUGGAAGGACUCGAGCGUGAAGAAGCUCAUCACGGACGCCCUGAAUAAGAACCAGUUCCUGAAGAGGCUGGAAUCGCAGCAGAUAAAGGACAUGGUGGAGUGCAUGUACGAGAGGACCUUCCAGCAGGGGGAUUACGUCAUCAAGCAGGGGGAGCCGGGGAAUCACCUGUUUGUGCUGGCAGAUGGGCAACUGGACGUCUUUCAACAAAGCAAAUUGUUAACAACAAUAGCUGUCUGGACAGCAUUUGGUGAAUUGGCAAUAUUAUACAACUGCACCAGGACUGCUUCAGUAAGAGCGGUCAGCCAGGUGAAGACAUGGGCCCUGGACCGGGAGGUGUUCCAGAACAUCAUGAGGAUGACGGCAGAGACCCGGCGCGAGCAGUACCACAGCUUUCUCAGGAGUGUCUCAUUACUGGCUAAACUACCAGAUGACAAACUAAAUAAGAUUGUGGACUGCUUGGAAAUGGAAUAUUACGACAAAGGCGAUUAUGUCAUCAGGGAGGGAGAGGAAGGAAGCACUUUCUACAUCAUCGCCAAAGGAAAGAUUAAAGUCACUCAGAGCAUGGAAGGCCAUGAGGAGCCUCAGACCAUCAAGAUCCUGCAGCGGGGGGACUACUUUGGGGAGAAGGCCCUCAUCAGCGAUGAUGUCAGGUCAGCCAAUAUAAUCGCGGAUGAGAACGGCGUGGAGUGCCUUGUUAUCGAUCGGGAGACCUUCAGCCAAACUGUUGGGACCUUUAAUGAACUUCAGAAGUACCUUCAAGGCUAUGUGGAUAGUCUAACUCGUGAUGACAAAAAGAGACAUGCUAAGAGGCUGACCCCACCCGUGUCAGUGGAGCUCAUCCAACUGAAGGAGAGAGUGUCGGCCUUCUCUAGCACGCCCUUCGAAAGCCUGGAGGUCAUUGCCACACUGGGGGUGGGAGGCUUCGGCAGGGUUGAACUGGUGAAAGUGAAGAACGAGGACGUGACCUUUGCCAUGAAGUGCAUCAAAAAGAAGCACAUUGUGGACACCAGGCAGGAAGAGCACAUCCACUCCGAGAGAAAGAUCCUGGCCGAGGCCUGCUCUCCUUUCAUUGUGAAGUUGUACCGUACCUUUAAGGACAAGAAGUAUGUUUAUAUGCUACUGGAGGCCUGUCUGGGUGGGGAGAUCUGGAGCCUGCUACGUGACAGGGGGAGCUUUGAUGAGCACACUGCUAAGUUCUGUGUUGGCUGUGUGACUGAGGCUUUCGACUACCUACAUCGCAACGGAAUCAUCUACAGAGACCUGAAGCCUGAAAAUCUCAUGCUGGAUGCAGAGGGAUACAUUAAACUGGUGGACUUCGGCUUUGCGAAGAAGAUUGGCUCCGGGCAGAAGACGUGGACGUUCUGUGGGACCCCCGAGUACGUGGCCCCUGAGAUCAUUCUGAACAAAGGCCACGACUUCAGCGUGGAUUUCUGGUCCCUGGGCAUCCUGGUCUAUGAGCUUCUCACGGGCAAUCCCCCGUUUUCUGGGACAGACCAGAUGAUGACAUACACAUUCAUCUUGAAAGGGAUAGACAAGAUGGAGUUUCCCAAGAAGAUAUCGAGGAGACCGGAGGACCUGAUUCGGAGGCUGUGCAAACAAAACCCAACGGAACGCCUGGGAAAUCUGAAAAACGGAAUAACGGACAUUAAGAAGCACCGGUGGUUUAACGGCUUCAACUGGGAGGGACUGAAGGUCAGGAAGCUACCAUCCCCUCUGAAAAGAGAGCUGAAAGGUCCCACUGACCACAGUUAUUUUGACUCCUACCCCCCUGAUGAGGAGACUCCUCUAGAUGAGCUGUCAGGCUGGGACGCAGACUUCUGAACUCCCCCCCUACUCUCCCCCGUGCCUCGGCGAACAAAGCCGGAAUUCUCACCCCACAUGGCAGCUGCGCUAUCAAUCCGCCCGGCCGCCAAAUGCCAGCCGUUCCCACGGACGGCAGUGUGUCGCGAGUGGGAUUGCCAUUUUCUGCGCUCCUGUCAGGUGGACAAAGGGCCCGUCUGAGCGAGGCCUGGCCCCGGGCCGCCGAGCGGGACCCGCGGCUGCAGCUGGCAGCGCGCGCAGCCUCCGGGAGCAGCACCGUUUCCGACGCCCGGAUGACGGAUCUCGCCGAGCUCCUCUCCUCUCCCCACCGGCUGCCAUUAACCCGCCCGACAGCACAUGAAUCACGCCCUCUGCCAGAGCAGCGCCAUUCAGCGCCGCGAAUAUUAACUCCAAAGACCCUCUCCCUCCGCGUGAGUUAUGAACUGUGAGCGUCACAGAGAAUUGCGCGAAACCAGAGGUAAUAUUUAUCUUUCGGCCUGAGAGUAAAUUUUGCGGUCGUGGGGAAAGGCAGGUCCCCUGCACAGCCCGAGGUGUCGAUGAUGUAUGAUAUUUUAACACUUUCAAAGGCGUAUAAACCACCUGUGGCUGUGUAAAUGAUUCAUGAGGUCUCAGGCGUCCACCUCCAGAAAAUGAGCCCAAAUGUAUUUCACUCUGAAUGGUACGAAGAUUUUAUUUUUAUUUUUUUGUAGUUCAGAGAAAUGAAACAAGCAAUGUGUGAAUGGGUUUAAAGCAGACCAUUGGCACCACAAUGAUGGGGCUUCUUUUAAUGAAAUACAGGGAGACUUCACGUCGUCAUUUUUUAAGAGACUAAAUCUUGUGUCUAUGGUGUGACUUUUUUUGCAUCUGAAAUCAGAUACCAGGUUUAUUGUCAUCACAAUGUGUUCUGUUGAACAAAACUUGGGAGAAAGUAGUACCCAACA